UCUCCACCUCUACCGCUUGCUGUGUGUGUGAACUGAACUCAACUUUACGGAAUUUAAUUAAGCAAACGAAAACGAGUGAAGAAAAGUUGGAAAAGCGUUGCGGAGUGGGGUUUCCGUAGAUGGGAUCGACAUUCCUCUAAUUUUCGGCACCUCGAGAUGCGUAGCAAGUGCGGAAAAGUGAACGCAAACGCAACGCGUGUGCAGUGCAGGGCAAAUCGCAGCAAGGCAAAUAACAGCAGCAGCAGGCGUGAAGAAAGCGACGCAUGAGGGAAAAAUGCAUACAGAUGCGAAAACCAAGAGCCAGUCGCGCUGAUAAACAAGCAAGCACUAAUUAAUUGCCAAAUACCUUCCAACCCAGCCGAGUCGACCACUGGAACUGCAGACGAAGAGCAGGCGGGACCACUGAGUGAGCUGGGCUAGAGCAUGAGAGACAGCCAUGCCUUCGGCACGACCUGGUAGUCUCAAGGAUCCGGAAAUAGCCGACCUGUUCAACAAGCAUGACCCGGAGAAGAUAUUCGAGGACCUGCGCGAAAUCGGCCAUGGGUCGUUCGGAGCGGUCUAUUAUGCCCGCUGCAACCUCACCAAGGAGAUCGUGGCCAUUAAGAAGAUGUCCUACACCGGCAAGCAGAGCCAGGAGAAGUGGCAGGACAUUCUCAAAGAGAUACGCUUUCUUCGCCAAUUGAAUCACCCAAACACCAUCGAAUACAAGGGAUGCUAUCUGCGCGAGUCGACCGCCUGGCUGGUGAUGGAGUACUGUGUGGGCUCCGCAUCGGACAUCAUCGAGGUGCACAAGAAGCCGCUGCACGAGGACGAGAUCGCCGCCAUUUGCCUGGGCGUGCUCAGUGGCCUGAGCUAUCUGCACUCGCUGGGGCGCAUCCAUCGCGACAUCAAGGCGGGCAACAUUCUGCUCACGGACAACGGCGUCGUCAAGCUGGCCGACUUUGGCAGCGCCGCCAUUAAGUGUCCGGCCAACAGCUUCGUCGGCACGCCCUACUGGAUGGCCCCCGAGGUGAUUCUGGCCAUGGACGAGGGCCAGUACGACGGCAAGGUGGACGUGUGGUCGCUGGGCAUCACCUGCAUCGAGCUGGCGGAGCGCAAGCCGCCGUACUUUAACAUGAACGCCAUGUCGGCGCUCUACCACAUUGCCCAGAACGAAUCGCCGACCCUUCCGAAGAACGACUGGUCGGACGCGUUCUGCAGCUUUGUCGAACUGUGCCUCAAGAAGAUGCCAGCGGAGCGACCCUCGUCGGCCAAGCUGCUGACCCACGCCUACGUGACCCGACCGCGCUCCGACACCGUGCUGCUGGAGCUGAUCGCACGCACCAAGUCAGCCGUGCGCGAGCUGGACAACCUCAACUACCGCAAGAUGAAGAAGAUACUCAUGGUGGACACCUGCGAGACGGAGAGCGCCGUGGGCGAUGCCGACGACCAACAGGAUGACCAUGCCGGCGGCGAUAGCAGCAAGAGCAAUAGUAUUACUUCGGAACACUCCAUACACUCGGUGGGUGUAUCGGCGGCCAGUAGUCAGAGCUCCUCAUCCAAUUCCAUACCGGCUGCGGCCCAGAAUCAUCACCAUAUCGCUGCGCACCACCACCAACAGGCGGCCAACGCUGCUGUGGCGGCAGCAAUGCAGCACCACCAUCACCAUCCACACCAGCAGCAGCCACCGCCCAGCUGGCCCAGCGGCCAACAGCAGGGGCAGCCGGUUCCGCCCGGAGCCGUGUCCCGCAACUCGUCUCGCCAUCGUAACCGGCCGCCGCUGCCCAACAUAAUGCACAGCAUGAACAACAAUGUGACGCCAACCAACUCGGCGUCGGUGGUGCCGGCACCAGCGCCUGCUCCGGUGCCCCCGCUGGUGGAUCGCAUACAGCCCAUCCAGCCGCGCUAUCUGACGACGCCCGCAGCCCAGGCGGCCGUUUACGCGGCCAGUUCGGCAUCCUCGCAACAGGCCAUCUCCAAUGCAGUCAACGAUCACGGGCCCAACAACUUCGCCACCAUACGCACCACCAGUAUUGUGACCAAGCAGCAGAAGGAGCACAUGCAGGAGGAGAUGCACGAGCAGAUGUCCGGCUACAAGCGGAUGCGGCGCGAGCACCAGGCGCACCUGGUCAAACUGGAGGAGAAGUGCAAGGUGGAUAUGGAGGCGCACAAGACGGCCCUGGACAAAGAGUACGAUACACUGCUGCAUAACUUCACCAGGGACCUCGAGCGGCUUGAGACCAAGCACCAGCAGGACGUGGAACGGCGAUCGAAACAGACGAGCGCCGCCGAGAAGAAACUACACAAAGAGAUUACGCUGAAGCAGGAGGGCGACCGAAAGGUGUAUGACCUCAAUCGCAAGAAGGAGUACAAGGCGAACAAGGAGCGCUGGAAGCGGGAGCUCUCCAUGGACGAGUCCACGCCCAAGCGGCAGCGCGAUCUGACCCUGCAGUCGCAGAAGGACAACCUGAAGCAGCACGAAGCUCAGGAGGAGCAGCGGAUGCUGCAGGCGCAGAAGCAGUACAUCGAGUUGGAGAUGCGAAAGUUCAAGCGCAAGCGCAUGAUCAUGCAGCACGAGCACGAGGACCAGCAGCUCCGCGAUGAGCUCGGAAAGAAGGAGCAGCAGCUGCAGCAGGCGCACGAAAUGCUCGUUAGGCACCACGAAAAGACACAGGAGCUGGAGUACCGCCAGCAGAAGAGCGUGCACCAGCUGCGCGAGGAGCAGAUAAACAAGCAACACGACACAGAGUUGCACAAUCAAAAAGACUACAUGGACCGCAUCAAGAAGGAGCUGGUGCGCAAGCAUGCGGUCGAGCUAAGGCAACAGCCCAAGAGCUUGAAGCAAAAGGAGCUCCAGAUACGCAAGCAGUUCCGGGAAACUUGCAAGACGCAGACGAAGCAAUACAAGCGCUACAAGGCGCAAGUGCUGCAGACGACACCAAAGGAUCAACAAAAGGAGGUCAUCAAGCAGCUGAAAGAAGAAAAGCAUCGCAAGCUGACGCUGUUGGGCGAACAGUACGAGCAAAGCAUUGCGGAUAUGUUCCAAAGUCAGAGCUACAAACUAGACGAAAGCCAAGUGAUCGAGUGCCAACGUACCCACGAGCAGCUGGAGUACGAGCUGGAGAUGCUCACUGCCUACCAGAACAAGAACAAGAAGCAGGCGCAGGAGCAGCGCGAUCGCGAGCGCCGGGAGCUGGAGAACCGCGUCAGCGUGCGGCGAGGUCUGCUCGAGAACAAGAUGGACGCCGAGUUGCAGCAAUUCAACCAGGAACGGCUAGAGCGCUUGCACAUGAAACGCGAGAAGCAUACUAAAGAAUUGGAAGCAUUUGAUAACGAAUCAAUUGCCUUAGGUUUCAGCACUUUAUCACUAGUUGAGGUCUCCCGUGAAGCCUAUGCAGAUGAGGAGGGAAGUCUAUCUGGUUCAAUGAUUAGUUUAGCCCAUAGCAAUAGUUCAACAAGUUUUCCGGCUGGCUCGCUAUAGCAUAGACAACAACAACACGGCCAGCCACAACAACAAGUGUUUAGUAAUAUAAACUACUUCAAUUUUAAUGGAAAUUAUAAAGCCAAUAGUACGACACCAACAUCAACAACAACAACAACAACUAGAACUCGACAAAAGCAACAAAGAUCGCAG